AUGAUAGCGCCGGGCAGGGAGAGCCAAGGAGACACUCAGGAGUUCUGGUACUCACGUCGGCAACAGAAAGGUCAGCAGAGCGAGAUGUGUUUCAUCGUGAAGCCAGACGACGGAUCUCAAGGAUCUGGUAUAUAUUUGAUAAACGACCCAAAUCAGAUCAGAGAUGUGUCGGAAAAGCAACUUGUUCAGGAGUACGUCGCGGACCCAUUUCUCAUGAAGGACCAGCUUAAAUUCGAUUUCCGAGUGUAUGGUGUGAUUAAGAGCAUCAAUCCACUUUCGAUCUACGUUUCAAGAGAAGGCACGUUUUCAAGUCGUAUGGAAUUUUUCUUAUCGAGUGCAACCCUGUAG